AUGGUCACAAUGAAUUUGAAUUCCACAACCACCAUCCUCCCGUUCAUCGCUGAAAUAUUCUCUCGUGUCGGAUUCGUUUGCACCUGUUUAUUCAACAUCAUUCUGAUCUACCUGACCGCAUUCCACACUGAGAGGAUAACCGGUGCUUAUAAGUACCUUAUUAUCCUAUUCUCCCUGGUUUGUAUCUCAUUUUCAUGUCUGGAAGUGUUGGCUCAUCCGUAUCUUCACAAUUAUAAUGGCGGAUUUAUAUAUUUCAGUUUGAAUGACUAUUUAGGCGCGUCGCAGGCCUUGUUGAGGUUUUUUAUUGAGGCGUAUAGUGGGGCUUACGCUGCUAUUAUGUGCAUGGUGGCGGUGCAAUUUGUGUUUCGAUUUGCCACGUUGAUGAACCGCCGAACCCUCUUAUCCACCUUCACCGGAUUCAAUUUCAUCAUCUGGAUCAUCUACCCUCUAAUUUUCUGUGUUCUGUUCGGUGCGAUGACCCAUUAUUGUGCUCAGGCGGAACCGUUUUCCGACGAUUAUAUGGAAAAAGAGCUCCGCCGUGUCUACAAUUUGGAUAUUGAAAAAACAGCGAGAUUCAUUGUGAUCGCUUAUAACGCCGACGGCUCUGUGAGAUGGUUUAAUUUGGUGUUUCUGUUUGGUGCCAUGAUAAUUCUGAGUGCUCAAUACGCUGUGAUUAUCUAUUGCGGGGUACAAAUGCAAAUGAAAAUGAAGAAGGAAUUAAAGAAUUUCUCGUUGCCGAAUCGAAAGUUGCAGCAACAGUUUUUCAAGGCAUUGGUGGUGCAGAUCACCCUGCCCACACUCCUCUUCCAUCUCCCAGCUCUCCCCGUCCUUUUCUCCCCAUUUUUCAACAUUGAAUUCACAUUUCAAACCGGCUUUAUCUACGCCGUAUUCAGCUUGUACCCUCCGAUAGAAACCGUCGCUUUCAUGAUGAUAGUCUCAGAGUACAGUAAUAUUUUUAAGAAAAAAGUCCUGCGCCGACCUUCUGCACCAGAUGUCAACAAGAAACGUAUCUCCUCGGAUAUCAGUAUUCAUUAA